GAUGUCGUCAUGGGAUCUGAAGGCGUCACAGCAGACUUUCAGCUUAUUCAGAACAAUGUUCAUCAGAUCGCUUCGGGGAACGAAGAAGCUGUCCGCUUUGAAGCGGAACAAAGGCAUCGUGAGACCAUGCACUCUACUAUUCAAGCCUUAGGUUCGCAAUGUAGAGUUGCCAUCGAUCAGAUGAGGGAAGUGUGCGACAAGCAAGUCCUGCCUAUGCAGGGUCGGAUUAACUUGUUGGAAAGGCAGCUGGCUGAGAGUCAGGCCAAAGUUGCCAGCGCAGACAGCCUACAUCAAAAGAGAAUGUCGGAGCAGAAGGCAGAAGCAGAGAAGCUUCAUUUGCAGAGGAUGAACGAGAAGAUGAGUGAGCUGGAAAAGAUGUUGACAAGAUGGUGGAGGAU